CUCUCUCCCUCCCCUAAUUUAAUUUCAUUUGCAGGUUUCUUGCUUGUGCUGAAAUGGUCUGUUGUAAUUAUAGCUGUGCCAAUGAAACUCCUUGUGUAAUCCUUAUUAUACAUUUCCCAAAAUGCAAUUAGCUUCAAACAGUGACAAGGAUGAAUGUUCAGAAUGUGAACCCAUCUUGAAUCACCAAGCGUCCCCAGACUCCUUUUCCUGUGAAAUUAUUCCUGCCAACAGUGAUGAUUUACAGAAUGUCCGUGUUGAUGAGUCUUCUCCUCUUAUAAAUGGAGAUCAACCACAAUGCCGGAUAUGCCUUGAUCUUGGAGGAGAAGAUUUAAUUGCCCCUUGCCAUUGUAAAGGUACGCAAAAAUAUGUCCACAGGUCGUGUUUGGAUAAUUGGAGAUCUACCAAGGUAAGUUUAUUUGUCCUUCUUGAUGGUCCUUAUCAUUGAUCAU